UGUGACACAAAUUGGGCAAAUCUUUUUCCCCUUUCUGGCGUCGCCAACUCCACUUGUCGGAUCUUGCCCAUAUGGUAUGGAGCUCGCCGGAGCCGCGUCCCCUCGGUCGCCGGAAUCCCACGUGGCGCCGCCCCUCCCGCCUCCGCAGCCGCCGGAGAAGGACGCAUGCGAAAAUACAGGGGACACGGUUAUCACUGGGGAAAAGCCAUGCACACAUCAGGAGUUAGACCUUGGUCAGACAAAUAGUUCUAGCCUUAACAGUUCCAGUGAGUGUGAGAAUCAGGCACCUUGCAAUGACGAAAUGACUGGAUCAGAGUCCAAUUUGGAGACAGCCAAGACUGAGGGCGAUGUACCGAGUGGAGAGAAGGUCCUGAAGAAACCAGACAAGAUCCUGCCAUGCCCUCGUUGCAACAGCAUGGAUACAAAGUUCUGUUAUUACAACAACUACAACAUUAAGCAACCCAGGCAUUUUUGCAAGAGUUGUCAGAGGUACUGGACUGCAGGUGGGAGCAUGAGAAAUAUUCCUGUCGGUGCUGGUAGGCGCAAGAGCAAGAGCUCCAGUGCAAAUUGCCGCAGCAUAUUGAUUCCCGGCAGUAGUGCAGCCACUCCUGUGGGAGAGUCUACCCUCUUUCCAUUGCCUUUGCCUAUCAAUAGAAAUCAAGCAGCAGUUAACUUCGGUCCUGAUUCCCCUCUCUGCAACUCCAUGGCCUCGGUGCUGAAGAUUGGAGGGGAGCAGAGUAAUAAUGCCAACCCUGCCUCAACAGCACAGCCAAGAAACGGAGAAACCCUGACGUGCCCACCUUCUACGACAACAUCGGACGGUCCUCGGAGUGAAUCUCAUAAAGGAACAGUGAGUGCACAUCAAAAUGGAGUUGUUGGGCAUGGCAACGGGGUCACUUCCAUGCAUCCUAUACCAUUCUUCCCUGGCCCUCCUUUUGUGUACCCUUGGAGUCCAGCAUGGAAUGGCAUUCCUGCCGUGGCAGCACCAGUAUGCCCAGCCCCAGCAGAAGCAGCGAAUGCUUCAGAAAAUGGCAACGGUAGUAGUAAUGUUCAAUGGAAUGUUCCACCAAUGGUGCCGGUACUGCCACCAGGAUUUUGCGGUCCACCUAUUCCAGUUCCGGUAAUGCCAUCUUCAGUUUGGCCAUUCAUUACGCCUUGGCCUAAUGGAGCAUGGAGCACGCCAUGGCUCGGACCUGGCGUGUCAGCAUCAUCUCCCACAAGCAGCAGCACAUGUUCAGAUAGCGGGUCACCUGUCCUGGGGAAACACUCAAGGGACUCCAGACCUCAAGGUGACGAGAAGGCAGAAAGAUGCCUGUGGAUUCCGAAGACGCUGCGGAUCGACGACCCCGAUGAAGCUGCAAAGAGUUCAAUCUGGACCACCCUUGGGAUUGAACCUGGUGACAGAGGCAUGUUCAGACCAUUCAGAUCCAAAGCUGAGAACCGGGAGCAGAUAUCCAGCACCGCCAAAGUCCUGCAGGCAAAUCCAGCGGCUCUAUCACGCUCACAAUCUUUUCAGGAGACAACAUGAUAUUAUUAAACCUGUGUGAUAUAAUUGAAAGACGCUAUAUUAAGAAAAAAAAUUAAUAUUCUGUGUACAAUGAUUGGCAACGUAGGUGCUGCUAAUGUCCAAGGUAGCACACACCUGUACUGUUGGAAGAGCAUGUGUCCUCCCAUUUUCCGUGAUUUGCUCGUAGAGCAUGCGCCAACAUAUUGGGGGUCAUGGUAAGGUUUCCAGCAUGUGAUUGGUUGUACGAGAAUAAUUGUUAAUAGCUUCCCCUGAAUCAUUAUGUUACCGCUGAUCCUGCAGUAGUGCAGUAUACGGCCAUGGUAUAUUUCCUGUUUAUUAGGGGCAGUGUUGAGAAGAAAGCUCUCCCUGAUACGAGGUUUAACUCUGAAGAAAUAUGGUUAGCCGUUCCGUACUA